UUGGUGCCCCUCCUGGAGUCCGGACCCUGCAACUUCUUUUGGCUCCUUGACUCCUCAGGAAGGAUAAAAGGGACAGAUUCUGCAACCCUAGUGAGGAUGGAAGGGGGAAGAUGGACGGAUGACCUGGUCAGGUUGUCUCCUGCAUCCCUCCUCUCAACCUCUGAGCGUUCCCUCCCAGGGACCUCUGAGAGAUCUGGACCCUGCAGCUUCUUUUGGCUCCUUGAUUCCUCAGGAAGGAUGAAAGAGACGGAUCCUGCAAAGCUAGCGAGGAUGGAAGGGGGAAGAUGGACGCAUGACCUGGUCAGGCUGUCUCCUGCAUCCCUCCUCUCAACCUCUGAGCGUUCCCUCCCAGGGACCUCCAAGAGAUCUGGACCCUGCAGCUUCUUUUGGCUCCUUGACUCCUCAGGAAGGAUGAAAGAGACGGAUCCUGCAAAGCUAGCAAGGAUGGAAGGGGGAAGAUGGACGGUUGACCUGGUCAGGUUGUCUCCUGCAUCCCUCCUCUCAACCUCUGAGCGUUCCCUCCCAGGGACCUCCGAGAGAUCUGGACCCUGCAGCUUCUUUUGGCUCCUCGACUCUUCAGGAAGGAUGAGUGAGACGGAUCCUGUCAAGUUAGAGGAGAUGGAAGAGGGAAGAUGGACGGAUGACCUAGUCAGGUUGUCUCCUGCAUCCCUCCCCACAACCUCUGAGCACUCCCUCCCAGGGACCUCCGAGAGAUCUGAUGGUGAUGAAUCAGAAGGGAAGAACAAGGGGAUCCACAAGAGAAUCCACAUAGCGGAGAAGUCAUAUAAAUAUUCAGAGUGUGGAGAGAAGAUCCGUCAGAGUUCCCAGUCCACCUCCCAUCAAAGAAAAAGCUUCAUUCGAAGGAAUACCCUCACUUCACACGAAAGAACACAGGGUAGGGAGAAAUUGUAUCAGUGCUUGGAGUGUGGAAAGAGCUUCAAUCGGAAGGAUAGUCUCACUUUGCAUCAAAGAGUUCAUACAGGGGAGAAACCAUAUAAUUGCUUGGAAUGUGGAAAGAGCUUCAGUCACAGGGGGAAUCUCACUUCCCAUCAAAGAGUUCAUACAGGGGAGAAACCGUAUCAGUGCUUGGAAUGUGGGAAGAACUUUAGUCACCGCCAGAAUCUCGCUUCACAUCAAAGAAUUCAUACAGGGGACAAAGUGUAUCAGUGCUUGGAAUGUGGAAAGAGCUUCAAUCGGAAGGGUCACCUCACUUCCCAUCAAAGAAUUCAUACAGGGGAGAAACCAUAUCAGUGCUUGGAAUGUGGGAAGCGCUUCAGUCAGGAGGGGAAUCUCACUUCUCAUCAAAGAAUUCAUACAGGGGAGAAACCCUAUCAGUGCUUGGAAUGUGGAAAGAGCUUUCGUCUGAGUGGUGAUCUCACUUCCCAUCAAAGAAUUCAUACAGGGGAGAAACCCUAUCAGUGCUUGGAAUGUGGAAAGAGCUUCAGGAAGUGGGUGAAUCUCACAUUUCAUCGAAGAAUUCAUACAGGGGAGAAACCCUAUCAGUGCUUGGAUUGUGGAAAGGGCUUCAGUCGGAAGGAAAGUCUUACUACCCAUCAAAGAAUUCAUACAGGGGAGAAACCCUAUCAGUGCUUCGAAUGUGGGAAAAGCUUCCGGGAGGGCCCCAAGCUCACUUCCCAUCAAAGAAUUCAUACAGGGGAGAAACCUUAUCACUGCUUGGAAUGUGGAAAGAGCUUUCGUCUGAGUGGUGAUCUGACUUCCCAUCAAAGAGUUCACACAGGGGAAAAACCCUAUCAGUGCUUGGAAUGUGGAAAGAGCUUUCGUAAGAGUGGUGAUCUGACUUCCCAUCAAAGAAUUCAUACAGGGGAGAAACCCUAUAUGUGCUUGGAAUGUGGGAAAAGCUUCCGCGAGGGCCACAAGCUCACUUCCCAUCAAAGAAUUCAUACAGGGGAGAAACCCUAUCAGUGCUUGGAAUGCGGAAAGAGCUUCAGUCAAAGUGCCACACUCUCUUCCCAUCACAGAAUUCAUACAGGGGAGAAACCCUAUCAGUGCUCAGAAUGUGGGAAGCGCUUCAGUCAGGAGGGGAAUCUCACUUCUCAUCAAAGAAUUCAUACAGGGGAAAAACCCUAUCAGUGCUUCGAAUGUGGAAAGGGCUUCAGUCGGAAGGAUAGUCUCACUUCCCAUCAAAGAAUUCAUACAGGGGAGAAACCCUAUCAGUGCUUCGAAUGUGGGAAAAGCUUCCGGGAGGGCCCCAAGCUCACUUCCCAUCAAAGAAUUCAUACAGGGGAGAAACCCUAUCACUGCUUGGAAUGUGGAAAGAGCUUCAGUCAAAGCACCAAUCUCACUUCCCAUCAGAGAAUCCAUACAAGAGAGAAAACGUCUUAGUGUUUGGAAUGUGGGAAAAGAUUCAUUCAUGGCCCACCAAAUAAUUCAUACAGGGUUGAAAGCAUAUCAGCACACGGAAUGUGUAUAAAAUUUCACUUGUUAAAAAGUCAAUUUAAGAUCUCCCACCAGGGUGAAGUAUAGAAUUAUAGAUUCAGAAUCUAGUCCAACCCCUUCCAGAAGUCUCAUUUCAAGCAUCCAUGACAGGUGGCCAUCCAACUUCUUCUUAAAACCCCCCAGUGAAGAUCCAACCCCUUCAGAGAGAGUUCCUUUUCACUGUCAGCUCUUACUAUCAGAG